GUUACUGGUAAAUGCCCCGAGACUGAACCCUGAAAUCGAAGAAUUUACGGAAAUGGAGGGAUGCGAUCCUGGAUUUCCCAUACGCCACACCACGCACUGUUUGGAUAUCAAGGGAAACAAGACAGAUAUUUUUAUAAGCGGCUAUGAAGAUCAUUUUCUGGUCAUGGCUACUCAGAUUGGGAGCAUGGGGACAAUAUUGCAUGCUAGGAAAGAAGGAGGUGUUUCAGUUGAUCCAACUUUCAGUGUGAACGUAGUACUUGGCAAACGAGAUGAGCCCAUGCUAGCAGCUUGUGCUCGACAGUUAAUUGAACACAUUAGCAACACUGGAUCAUCGAAAGCAUUAGUAAUAUCCCUUGGUUUGAAAGACCAUUCACUGGAGACUCUCAAGGGCAUAGUUUCAGUUGUAAUUGAGAAACUGGCUGAGGUACUUUAAAAUGGUUGACAUAUGCUUCUGUUUCAUCGAAAACAUGAAGAUGUUAUUACUCCAUAUAAAGUUCAUGUUCCGAAGGUGUGUCUAGGUACAUUUAGGUCUGAAUUAUCAGGAUAUGAUAUGUUGAUUCGACUUCAACGAUCAAAGGCUCUAAUCGAUCAACAUAUUAUGCAGUGGUUGUCCGCAAUCGAUCCAUGUAAAAACAGUAUCACUCCCUAAAUGUCUUCAUCAAGGAGUAAUUAUAUGCUCAUUCUAGUUUAA